GUUAAAGGGUAGAACAACUUCGUGUUUUUUAAGAGCGCGAACUGAUGAGUCAGACAUCUAGGUAUUAAGGCCUGCUGGGAGGCACCUACUGGCUAGGCGACCCUAGCUUUUCUGAACCGCCGUUUCCUCAUAAACAAAAUGGGAAUGAAGAGCAGCAGCACCUACUCCACGAGCCGUUUCGAGGAUUAAGGCAAGGAUUCAGAAAACAAGACUUAUUUAUUGGCUAUCUUGAGAGUUGGUACUGGUACUCCUGGCUGGCAAGAUUCAGAGACGAGGCCACUGAGAGGUGAUUGGGGGCUCCCCCUAAGGUCCGAUCAUUCCUGGUGAAUUCUGUGUUCAAUUUGGGAAGAAAAAGAAGGGACUUCGGAUACUCAAAGACUAGACUCUGGAUCCCAGAGAUCAUGCAUAACUGCUUAAUAUCAGGUUUCAGGACGCGUUCGGCUAAUAUUGUCUCCGGCCGGCCGCCGUCGGCCGUCUGGUGAUGCAACGUGACGUAUUGUCUGGCUACUGGCACCCAACUGUCAACAUGGCGGCCCCCAGGAGUUGCGCUCUAUGGGACUAUUACGGCCGUAGGUGGUCGCGGGUGAUGCGAGGCUGCUGGCUCCCCCGGCUUCGUAGCUCCUGGCCGGGGAAUCCCCUGGGUGCGCGGCUUUUGUCCCAACAGAACCAGGCAACGAAAACGCACUUCGGGUUUGAAACUGUGUCGGAAGAGGAGAAGGGAGGCAAAGUCUAUCAGGUGUUUGAAAGUGUGGCCAAGAAUUAUGAUGUGAUGAAUGAUAUGAUGAGUCUUGGUAUCCAUCGUAUUUGGAAGGAUCUGCUGCUCUGGAAAAUGCACCCAUUUCCUGGGACCCAGCUACUUGAUGUUGCUGGCGGCACAGGUGACAUUGCAUUCCGGUUCCUUAAUUAUGUUCAGGGCCAGCAUCAGAUAAAGCAGAAGAGGCAGCUAAGGGCCCAGCAAAAUUUAUCCUGGGAAGAAAUUGCCCAGAAGUAUCAGAAUGAAGAGGAUUCCUUGGGCGGUUCGCAAGUCAUGGUCUGUGACAUCAAUAAGGAAAUGCUGAAGAUUGGAAGGCAGAAAGCCUGUGCUCGAGGAUACAAAACUGGUGCCCUGCCCACCCCCCGAAAAAAACAAAAAACAGAACCCUUUGCAGUCCAUCUCAGCAUCAGUUUCUCAGAAGGCCCAACUGGUACAGUUGAAGAAACACCUGCAAACAGUACAGCAGGACUUGCUUGGAUUUUAGGAGAUGCUGAAGAACUACCCUUUGACGAUGACAAGUUUGAUGUUUACACCAUUGCCUUUGGGAUCCGGAAUGUCACACACAUUGAUCAGGCGCUCCAGGAAGCCCAUCGGGUCCUGAAACCAGGAGGACGGUUUCUCUGCCUGGAAUUUAGCCAAGUGAACAAUCCCCUUGUAUCCAGGCUCUAUGAUCUCUAUAGCUUCCAGGUCAUUCCUGUCCUAGGAGAGGUCAUUGCAGGAGACUGGAAGUCCUACCAAUACCUUGUAGAGAGUAUUCGCCAGUUCCCAUCUCAGGAGGAGUUCAAGGAGAUGAUAGAAGAUGCAGGCUUUCAGAAAGUGACUUAUGAAAAUCUAACAUCAGGCAUUGUGGCCAUUCACUCUGGCUUCAAACUAUAACUCCUUCACCAUCCUGGAGCACGAACCUCUCACAUCCUGUCAAGGGCCUGCAACUGAAGGCUGUCAGGCCAGUGAGACCAGCAACAGAACAUCUCUUAAGGAUGUGUGCCUCAGACUCAUGUCUGAUCCGACCAAUCGCUAAGUGGAAGGAACAAGUUCCUGUCACAUUAUUUCAACUUUCACUGGGAACUGCUUCAGGCCUUCUCCCUGAGGUAUUAUGUCUGUAUUUUUUGCUCAAUUCCUGCUCUUUUUUCCUCAGUUGUACAGUGUGUGGUUAAGGUAAAACCAGCACAAAAGCUUGGUUUUGAAGCAUGUUUGUAGUUUCUCUGCUGGUGCUGACUUCCCAGAGACAAUGAAUCAUUUGAAUCUGGUGAUGAUUUGAACCAGAAAAUUUCCUAACUGUACCUGAGUCAACCUGUCAGCCUAGGACUGGGUGAGGGCCAGAAGCCAAGGCCCAUCAGAGGGCUAACAAUCACAACUAGAAUUGUGUACUGAACCAGUAAAUGAGUUUACAAUUUGUAUGGUAUUUGUGAUUAUUUUUCUUGAGGGUAAUGCAUUUGUUAUCAUUCAGUGCUCUUCUUCCAAAAGCCACUGCUGCCCUCCGUGCCUGUCCUGAAAACAACACAUCUUGGAAAGAAUAAAUGUACCAGCAAACUCCUCCUUUUAUGUCUUCUGUAGAGAGCUUCUUUGUCAGAAUAUAUUUUGGGAAAGGGUUUUAUAGCAAAUACAGUUUGAAAACUAUUUAUCUAGCCUAACCAUCUCCAAUUCUCGGGGACAGAGUCGGGCAGAGCUCUUGUAUCCUUAAUAUAGUAAUUGAUGUUAAAAUGAGGCCGUAGCCCGGCAAGUGUGCUCAGUGGAUUGGAUGUCGUCCCAUGGACUGAGAGGUCC